UUACUCACGUAGCGCCGCGAAACGUCAACGCGUCCAUUACUUUAGUGACGUCACCGCGGCGCGGGAACAGUGAGGUUAGGGGAGAGCGAGAAAGAGAAGGAGGUUUGGAAGGAAGUUUGUGUUCACUGUCGGAUAUAACUGUUAAAUAAAGUAUGAAGCAGGCGGUAACGGCGGAACAGAUCGCGCAGUGGUUCACUCUCGGGACUCAGUUUGCUAAUGUCCGAAUCACUGAGGAGAAGGAAAAAGAGAAUUCAAAAAAACACGAGGAGCAACAAAAGGAGACAAGUCCUGGCCCUGGAAGCCCUGAGAAGGAUGGAUCAGUCGGAGGAGUCAGGAGAAACAGGAAUUCUGGUGUUCUCAUUGACACUGGGGUUAGUCCUUCUCCUCCUCUCACAGCCCAUGAGUAUCCAACACUCCCUAUCACCAGGAACAGGCUGGAGCUGAUCUCUCUGAUCGAGAGUAACUCUGUGGUGAUUAUACAAGGAUCAACGGGCAGUGGCAAGACUACCCAACUGCCUCAGUUCCUUCUGGAUUACUACAUGGAGAAGGGCGCCACCUGCAACAUAGUGGUCACACAGCCACGCAAGAUCGGAGCCAGCAGCAUUGCACGCUGGGUCGCCCAACAGCGCAAGUGUAUGCUUGGCAGCCUAGUCGGGUAUCAGGUGGGGUUGGAGAAAAUGGCUACAGAACACACUCGGCUAAUCUACAUGACUACUGGAGUGCUGCUGCAGAAACUGGUGUCAGCCAAGAGCCUCAUCGAGUUCACACACAUUUUUAUAGAUGAGGUCCAUGAACGGACAAAUGAGCUGGACUUUCUUCUGCUUGUUGUCAGAAAACUGCUGCAUUCCAACUCACGAUUUGUUAAGGUGAUCCUGAUGUCAGCUACAAUUAAUUGUGCAGAGUUUGCAGAAUACUUUGGUACUCCGAUCAGGAACCAGAUAAACCCGGCGUACGUGUUUGAGGUGGAGGGAGCGCCGUAUACAGUUGAUGAGUUUUAUCUGGAUGACCUCAAAGCCAUCCUGCCCUUCAGAUUGGACAUGUCCCUCCCUGAUGAGCCCAACAUUACAAUGGAGAUGUAUAAUGUUGCAGUGAGCCUCAUCCAAAACUUUGAUGAGAUGGAGACUAAAGAACAAUGUCAUUUGGAGCUGGAUGACUGUGCAGGUCUCCCAGAGAGAGGCAGCGUUUUGGUGUUUCUGCCUGGACUUGCUGAGAUUCAGUACAUGCAGGAUGCGCUCGCUAAACUUGUCCGCAAAAGGUUGCAGGUUUACCCUCUCCACUCCAGUGUGACCUUAGAGGAGCAGAACGGGGUCUUUUUGGUACCUGCACCUGGGUAUAGGAAGAUUAUCCUGUCCACCAACAUUGCAGAAAGUUCAGUUACAGUGCCUGAUGUCAAAUAUGUGAUUGACUUCUGCUUGGCACGUCAACGGAUAUGUGACAAAGAAACAAACUACCAGUCUCUUCAUCUCACCUGGGCAUCCAAGACCAACUGUAACCAGCGGAGAGGUCGAGCGGGUCGCGUGUCCAAAGGUUUUUGCUAUCGCUUGGUCACUAGAGCUUUCUGGAAGAGCAGCAUUCCAGAACACACCAUUCCUGAGAUUCUGCGCUCCCCUUUAUCCAGUACAGUGUUAAAGGUGAAGUUGUUGGACAUGGGCGAUCCGUGCUCUAUGCUCUCUACAGCUCUCACACCUCCAAAACUGGAUGACAUUGAGAGGACCAUCCUACAACUUAAAGAGAUUGGUGCGCUCUCAGUGUGUAGCAGCACUAUGAAGCGGUUUGAUGGUAAUUUAACAUUUCUGGGUCGGGUUCUUGCUCACCUCCCUGUGGAUCUGCACUUUGGGAAGCUCCUUGUCCUUGGACAUGUUUUCGGCUGCUUGGAGGAGUGCCUAAUCAUUGCUGCCUCUCUGUCGUUGAAGAGUUUUUUUGCAAUGCCAUCACUGCAGAAGCUUCCCGGUUACCGGAGUAAGCUUUCAUUUGCACAAGGAGUACCCAGUGACCCCAUUGCCUUUGUUUAUGCUUUCAAGGCCUGGAACACAACCAGAGCCAAAGGAGAACUUAGAAGACCAAAAGAUGAGCUGGAUUGGGGCAAAGAGAACUGCAUUCAGAUCAAACGGAUACGAGAGGUGGCUGAAUUGUUUGAGGAUCUGAAGAAACGAGUGUCUCAGUUCAACAUGCACAUCAAUGAAAAGUCUUCUCCCACAGACUACACCAGCUUACACACACAGAAAUUCAUACUACAGGUGGCCAUCGCAGGAGCAUUUUAUCCAAAUUACUUCCUCCAGGGAACAAUAGACGAGGAGCUUGCCUCCAAGGACCUCCAUGGAAAUGACCCCAGGACCACCAUAGUGGUGCGUAAUAUCCCUCCGUAUGCGUUCCUCUACUAUAAACAGCUCCAGUCUCUCUUCAGACAAUGCGGUCAGGUCAAAACCAUCAACUUUGACUGCUCCCGGGCCUAUGUAGAGUUCUACCGCUCGUCAUUACGAUGUUCUGGCGUUCUUCCAGAGGUCUCUCUGUCUCUGCUCCUCGCUCAGCAAAGACUUCCUCUACAUCUCUACAUUCAUCCUGCUGAAGAGGUGGAGACUCAGGCAGGGGGGCAGAGUAUCUCGCAACUCAGACACACACGAGUGAAUGUGGAUUUUCAGAAUCAGUCUGUGAGCCCAGUCGGAGCUCUGAGCAGUUCCAUUGAGCCGGAAAAACUUCCAUCUAACAAGGUCUUCAUCGUCAAUAUCACAGAGGUCAUUGAAGUUGGCCAUUUCUGGGGUUUCCAAGCAGAUGAGCAAAGUCUGGAGAAACAGAGUUUGCUGACGGCGAACAUUAAUGCACGGGAGCUCCGACCACUGCCUUUUUCACUUUAUCCAAACCUUCUGUGUCUUGCCCCUUUUUCUGACACGCCCACUGAAUCUGGUAAAUACUACAGAGCCAAAAUACUUCACGUCAACGGGAGUAAUGCAGAGGUGUUCUUUGUUGACUUUGGAAACACUUACAAGGUGCCGUGCAGCUCUCUGAGGGAGCUUCCCGAUGAUCUGAAAGCUCUGCCCUUUCAGGCACAUGAGUUCAGAGUGGCGUGUUUGGCUCCAUCAGCAGAGUCGGUGAUUCUGGGGGACCAUUGGAGCAGUCGAGCUCGGAACCGUUUCACCACACUUGUGAAAGGCCGCUCGCUCAUUGUCACACUCUACUCCAUCGUGUACGGGGUUAUGCACGUCCAUCUCCAUGUCUCAUUGGAAACAGGGGACGUCAGCAUUGCAGACUUGCUCGUGCAAGAAGGCUACGCUCGACCCGCUCCGGAGUGCCUCGAAAGCAAGCAGUCCCAUGAAGUUCUGACGACUCUGUAUCAGGACCUAAAGGAGGGAACUUUUACGCCAAGUUCCACCAGUAGCUCUUGGAAAAUACGCAAAGAGGAAGAGAAGCGGGUCAUUGACAGUCUUCUGCUGUCGUUCUCGAAAUCUCGAGCCCCAAAGUGCAAGGUUCCAGUUAAUGGCCCUUCCACUCCGUAUAAGAGCACAUUCCACAGCAUCAGUGGCUCCUCCCACUUCAGGUCAGUUGCCAUUGAAAGAAACGGCAUUAACUCUUUGCUGGUGAACGAUCAUCCACAUGACCCUCAUGACAGGAUGCUGGUGGCCGGGUCUGUCUCUCUCAGUGCCUCAGGUGUGUCUGUUUUGCUGAAAGACACUACACUGAUGCCUCAUAUCCAUGGCCUUCCUGCCAUCAUCACCAUGCUCUUCACCCCCAUCAUGGAGCUACGCACUGAUGAGGAGCAGACAUGUUUCACUGGAGCUCUGUGUGGGUUGGGCUAUAACUCCACCACUCAUGAGGCAAUUCUGCCAGAGCAUGACAUAGAGUUGGCCUUCGAUGUGAAGUUUGACAUUGAUGACAUUGCAGAGAUAAAUGCACUAAGAGGAACAAUUAACCAGUUGGUUUGUGAGGGUCCAAAUGGCCUCCUUCAUCUUGGCCAAGAGAGAAUCAGCUCGCUGCAGGACGACGUUCGAGGUCGACUUCUCAGGCUUUUUUGUAAAACGCCCCCCAGAGAAGACUGCAUUCCUGUUUACUACCACAAACCCAAGAAAUGGAACCAGGUUGACUCCUCCCAGCAGAUGGAGGUUGUGCAGAAGGGUGAGAGCAGAAUUAAAGGCAUUUUGUUCCAGCUGCACCCUAUAACUCUGCUGAACAUGUGAGAUUUGUGUUGUUAAUUGCCUGAUUUCUUUGUUCACAUUGUUACGUUUGCCUGUUAGAUGGCUGUGGUUUUGUCAUUAAACAACUUUAUUACACAUUUAAAA